AGAUUAAUCCCAGAAUAACAACAUUGAUCAUGAAGUUAAAGUUUGUAGUUCUGGACCAAAGAACAGAAUAAAUAUUCAGAUUGGAGUUUGUGCUGCAGAAUAAUAAACAGGACCCAAUCAGAUGCAACUUGGAGGAAGAUCAGCACCUCCCUGCUUCCAGUAAGCGCAUCAUGCCUCACUGGCAGAAAACUCCCCCCUGACCUCACGCCUCAACAAUUCGGCAUUAUUAAAAGUGUUCUGCCUGUUGAACACACCGGGGUAAGAGGCAGAUCAGUGCGGCACCUGGUUGUGACUGAUACGAGGUCGCCAAUGAGUCACAGCAGGGAUCCUUGAAGAAAGGUCACCUUGUUGAACCGGCUCAUGAUGCGUUCAGGUCACAGCCUCAAAGCUGGGAAAGGCCCAUUACACAAGCCACUUUGGUUUGUUCGUUUUUCGUUGUGUUACCUUGCUGGUUAGAACCAAUUCAAUGAGCCGAAACCUGAACAUCCGGUUCUGUGGCCUGAUGCUUAGCCGGCCGAGGUGCCUUUUGGCUCUGAACAUUCCUUAACCCUUACGUCACCCAAGUCCCUGCUGACGUAGCCACGACUUAUUGAGGCUGUCCAUGGAAUGUGACACGCUGAGUCCAGAGUGCUGCUUUAGUGGGGAAAGAUUCCUGCUGUACAGGACACACACACACACACACACACACACACACAACAAUAACCCCAGGCCAUAGGUAUUUAUGCGCGGUUAGAGCAAGCGCACUUUUUUCGAAAAUGUGACGCUUUGAUGUGAACCAUUUGAGUGUCGUCAUUAUUAUUUUCCACACAGACUGGAUGUGCUUUCGGGCACAUUCCUCUUCCUCCUCCUCCUUUUAGAGUUAAGACGUGCUCCACUAAUGGUGGCCCGGUCAGCCUGAUGAUCCACAAACACACCUGGCGGCGCAAACACUACCACCACUACCCUGACAGCUUAAUACAUCUAACAUCUUAGUGGCACAUAACACACAUUCAUACCGGCUGCUUAUAACAGCGCGGGUCGGAAAGCAUUCGACACACACACUUUUGUCGAGGCCUCCAUCAUCAGAGUAGAUCACCAGCUCAGAAGAGGAGAGGUCCGAGGGACGCGUCCCAUUCCUUUUGUUUCGAGGCACUGAUCAGUCAAGCUGGCAGCGGACGAGACGAAGGGCUUGUCGGAGGAGGGAGAGGCCGAGGGCGGAGGAGAAGGGAGAGGAGCGGGCUCCCCGGGGCCCCGCGGCAGGACGGUGCGCGUGGAGCUGGAGUGGGAGAUCCCCAUGUCGGUGACACUGCCCGUGCUGGUGGAGCCAGACCCGGCGCACCAACCGUUCCCCUUCCUGGACACGACACUGGCCGACCUCGGCAUCCAAGAGUCAGAUGUGAAGGAGAGGGUGGUGUGGGUGGACACCAAGAAGACCCAGGUCAAGAGCAGAGCGGGGAAGCUGAAGGAGAAAGAGAUCACCGUCCUGGAGGUGAGGGUGAAAGCCCAGAAGCCCGGAGACCAGGCGCUGCAGGAGGUGCUGUACAGCACUGAGGCCCACACAGACCGCUCCUUCUGCCGCACGGGGAUGGACAUCUUGCCCUGGAAGCACACGUGCGCAGGGGAGCCGGGCCAGAUGCCGGUUCAGAGGACCAUGGCCUUGGACACGGAAAACCAGCAGCCAGACUGCCCUUAAACAAACACAAACACACACACACACACACACACA